UGAAGUAACCAUGCAGGCAUUUCUAAAAGGUGCAUCUAUCAGUACUAAACCACCACUGACCAAGGAUCGAGGAGUUGCUGCCACUGCAGGAAGCAGUGGAGAGAACAAGAAAGCCAAACCUGUUCCAUGGGUAGAAAAAUAUCGCCCAAAGUGUGUGGAUGAAGUUGCUUUCCAGGAAGAGGUGGUUGCUGUGUUGAAAAAGUCUUUAGAAGGAGCCGAUCUCCCUAAUCUCUUGUUUUACGGGCCACCUGGAACUGGAAAAACAUCAACUAUUUUGGCAGCAGCUAGGGAACUCUUUGGGCCUGAACUUUUUCGAUUGCGAGUUCUUGAGUUAAAUGCAUCUGAUGAACGUGGAAUACAAGUAGUUCGAGAGAAAGUGAAGAAUUUUGCUCAAUUAACUGUGUCAGGAAGUCGUUCAGAUGGGAAACCAUGUCCUCCUUUUAAGAUUGUGAUUCUGGAUGAAGCUGAUUCCAUGACCUCAGCUGCUCAGGCAGCUUUAAGACGUACCAUGGAGAAAGAGUCCAAAACCACCCGUUUCUGUCUCAUCUGUAACUAUGUCAGUCGUAUAAUUGAACCCCUAACCUCCAGAUGUUCUAAAUUCCGCUUCAAACCUCUGUCAGAUAAAACUCAACAGCAGCGAUUACUAGACAUUGCUGAGAAGGAAAAUGUCAAAAUUAGCAAUGAGGGAAUAGCUUAUCUGGUUAAAGUGUCAGAAGGAGACUUAAGAAAAGCCAUCACAUUUCUUCAAAGUGCUACUCGAUUAACAGGUGGAAAGGAAGUCACAGAGAAAGUCCUCACAGACAUUGCUGGGGUAAUACCAGCUGACACAAUUGAUCGAGUAUUUGCUGCAUGUCAGAGUGGCUCUUUUGACAAACUAGAAGCUGUAGUGAAGGAUUUGAUAGAUGAAGGUCAUGCAGCAACUCAGCUCAUAAACCAGUUUCACGAUGUGAUUGUAGAAAACCACCUUUCUGAUAAACAGAAGUCUGUUAUUACAGAAAAGAUUGCGGAAGUGGAUAAAUGCUUAGCAGAUGGUGCUGAUGAACAUCUACAGCUGAUCAGCCUUUGUGCUACUGUGAUGCAACAAUUAACUCAGAAUUGUUAAC